AAGAUAGUUCUGAAGGAAGGUGAUGCUGCAGACAUUAUGACGCCAGGUUUUGCGUCCUCAGGAGCGUAUGGGAAUAACAAGAAUUGCUCGUGGGAAUUCGAAUUACCGGCGGGUCUGGCAUUUGAGGGACAAUUUGCAAGCUUUGACCUUGAAGCCAGUACGGGAUGUACGAAGGAUUACUUCCAACUCGAGCAGGAAGGGAACCUGAUGGGCCGCGUUUGUGGCACAUACAAUUAUAAUGUAGCACCACCUAAGAAAGGGAACAGCGGAAAAGGGAAAGGUAGAAGAAGGCGACAUACGUUCAGCAGGUGGAGUCGUGCAGCUAUUGCGGCGGCUGCCUACGGUCAUCCUUACAACUACCCAACUGUGGCUGGUGGCAAAGUGACACUGAUCUUUGUGUCAGAUGCGCAAACUGUGGGGAAAGGAGCCCACUUCAAGGUGAAGCUGGUCAAGCCAAAGGGACCAAUCGAUGGCGCUGUGAAGAGAAUCACCAUGGAUGCAAAGAACAAACAAGUCACCAUAACAACCCCUGGAUAUAAAAACAAGAUACCAGUUCAUCCCAAUGCGAAGGCAGAAUGGGCGAUCCAGUUUAACAAAGAGAAAUACAGCAUUGCCUGCGGCUUCCUCGGUCAAUUCGAAAUAAGUGCCGACACCAAUACAGCAUGCCCGAGAGACAAACUCGUCUUGCAAGAUGUAAAUGGCACGGCUGAAACCUUCUGCGUUAAUAAGACAUAUGGGACGGACUUGAAGGCUCUAGACCUGCCCAUCAAGGCUGAGACUGAGCUUUCGGUGAACAUGACCACGGACAAAGCGACUGGGAGAGGUUUCUCACUAGUCUGUCAGCUAUUUGGGGCUAUUCCACCAGCUUGCAAAGGCAAUGGACCACAAACAGUCGAAGUCACCAACAACGGUAACAUGAGGAUCCAAAGCCCCGGAUAUGACGAUAAGUUGCCGUACCCAAAUGGUCUGAACUGCUCUUGGAAUAUCAUGUGUCCAAAUAAAAGAGUGGUAAUGUAUGGUGAUGGUGAACUCGACCUCGAAGGUACGGCAGCCGCUUGCGAUAAGGACACUGUCACCAUCCUUGAGGAGAAGCGAGGAACUGACAAAGACCAAGCACUCACCAUCUGCGGCAAGAAACAGUACGCCAAGGGAAAGAAGGAUAAGUUAUUCGUGGCUAGGUACAAUGGUAACGUUUCGGUUAGCUUCGUUACAAGUAAUAAGACGAACGGACUCGGAUUUUCCUUGCUGUUGAAUUGUGAUCCAUGCAGCGCAGAUUGUAUGGGUGUUUGUGAUGGGAAGGCGAGAUUAUUAUGUUCUCAGUACUGUAUUGAUGGCCUAACUGGCAAGAAUGAGACAAUGACAGAAUUCGAAAAUGUCACAGACUGCGGCAAACGAUGCAUCGUCAACAACACCAAAAUUAACGAAUUAGACUCCUGCAAUCGAUGCAUGCUUGCCGCAAAGAAAUCUACGUGGGGACCUCUGGGAAGUUCAUAUAUGGACUGCGCGAAUACGUGCCAUUCGCCAUUUGCCAUGAAGAAAAAUGGGGCAGAUAUUGCCAAGAAUACCACUGAAACAUGCGAUCAAUGCAUAUAUGGAACAACCAAUAAGACACUGUCGGAUGUCAAGGACGUGUGUGGUGUUUGUGGUGGAAAGGGGGACACUUGCUUGGACUGCAAUCAGAAACCAAACGGCGGUGCGGUAAUAGACGCGUGUGGCAAGUGCGGGGGUGACGGAACAACCUGCCAAAACGUCCCAAGCAAAGUGAUACCCGAUAUCAUACCUUCUGUUACAGACCUGACCAUUCGAGUUGAAGGUGCUGGGUUCGUAGUUGGUAAGGUGAAUGAAGUGGUCUUCCAGGACGCGACUGGUAAAGAGGUGUUAAAAGUCAGCGCUGUUAUAGAAAAUAACCAAAAUCUAACGACAGCUACGUUUCAACUUCCCGCAGGUGCCUAUCAGGUGUUUACCAAAACGGCAAGCGGGACUCUUUCAAAAAAAAGUUUGGCACUCACGGUGUUUGACAGUACUAAAAUCAAGGUUAUCGACCUCACACCAAAGGAAGCUUUAAUUAGUACGGUGAAGACGAAGUAUACCUUUACUUUUACGACUGAAAAUGUGGAGGACACGAAGAAGAUCGUAUGCGUUUUUAUAGGUCUUUAUGAUGUCACCACCCUCAAGUCAGCGAUUGGCAAAGGAGCGAAAAUCAAGGCGAAUAGCAAGACUACCUUACAGCGAUACGUCAUGGAGGUCCCCUUUAAGAGUGCCACAGAGAUCAUAUGUGAGCUGGACUUGGCGAUCCCUAAAUCUCGUGAACUAACGGUGUUUGCUUCAGUGAACGGUGGAUAUCAUCCCUUGACUAAAACCUUCACAUUCCCGAUCAUGGCGCCUGCCCCGGCGGUCAAGUCGUGUAAAUUUAGUGACAGUGGCGCGUAUGUCGACAUUGAGUUCACUAGCGCAGUUGAGACGAGAAAGUUAAAAAAAACAUCGGAUAUGUUUGACAACUUCAGUGUUUUCGGUGACAAAGCGACAAAGUUAAACUGGAAGAGUGUCAAGUCACUGCGAGUUUUAAUUGGUAAAGGAACAUCAUUAGUUGUAAUCGAUACCGUGGUAACGUUCAAGGCGAAUGCAGUGAAAUCGUUCGGGCAGCAGCUUUCGAAGGCUCUAACAGGAACGGAAAAGGUUGCAGCGGCGGACAAAGCCAAAGACCCCGUGGCAAUCCUUACAGGUGCUACCGAGGCAGCAGGGUGCGACGUCCUUGAGUUUUUGGGUGAUCAGUCUUACGGGGCCGCCGGUAGGACAUGGAAAGUGUUUAAAUUCGAAGUUUUCGACCCUGCCACCGGCGCUGGUCUCGGUCCUAACAAAAUUAAUAUCACGAAAGGCAAGCUAACCGUUCAAGGAGCGGAUGUGCAGACGGGUUUCAAGGUCAAAUUGACGGUGACGAACUUCCUUGACAAGACAACAUUUGUUGAAGUAAAUCUCAUUAUCAAUCCAAGUCCGAUCCCGAAAGUCAGCUUGAUAAGUGAUAAAGGAGUGACAGGUUUGAAGAGGAGUGACACUUUUUCGGUUUGUGCUGAAGCAGAGCUUCCCGGGGGGAAUUGCAAGACAAACGGAGCAGUCAACUUUGUCUGGAGCUUCCCCGGUAUGGACCCGAAGCAGGCCAACGCAAGGUGUUAUCUAUUCAGAAAAUACACACUUAAUGUCGGCACUGUCCAACUUAGUGUUACUCUGUCAAUCGGAAACUCAGGAGCAACAGUCAGCAAAACAUUAGAUUUGAAAGUCCUUUCGAGACCUCUCAUUGCCGUUAUUUCAAAUGCACCAGCAAAGCUAGGAAGCUCUUCCAAACCAGCUAAUAUAUCCUGCAUUCAGUCAAUCGAUCCGGAUAGAGACGCAUCGAAGAAAAUCAGCUGCAAGUGGUUCUGUCAAACAGCCGAUGGUCCAUGUAUGACAAUCAGCGACAAGCAAAUUGACCCUUUCAUCGGUAAUGAGUACACUGUGGACCCUACUAUCCUCAUCCCCAAUACCGUGUACACAUUCACCCUCAAGGUAUCAAAGGGCACGAGGACAGCAUCUGCCAUCAAAGAGAUCAACGUUGUGGCUGGAGACCCUCCCUCUGUUAUUUUCAUUCCCAUCGAAGGCAUGGCAGAUUCGUCUGGACGACUGAACGUGCUUGCUUUCGUCGAGUCAGCUCAAGCAAUCACCAGCGCCAAGUGGACAAGCCUCGACAAAUCCUCAGAUGGAAAAGACGUUUACGCCGUCACAGAGUUGGACACUAAAUGGGAAAAGACGCAUGUGAUUGGCGGCACAAAGAAAUCCACCUAUAAGAUGGUUUUACCGCCUGGUACUUUAAAUGCUGGUGCCAAGUUUUUAUUCAGCCUGCAAGUGUUAACUGCCAGUUCCGACUCAAGCUCUUUAGUUGUAUUGGAAACUGCACCUGUCAUCACUGGGUGCGUUGUAGCCAUUUCUCUCGCACCCUACAUGGAAUCAGACGAGAUCGAACUAUCUACAUCUGAAUGUGUGGCAUCAGGGGCACAACACCCCCUGACCUACACAUUCAAAUAUCGCACAACCAAUGAUGGCGAUUUGACUUUGGCACCCAAAAAUAAGGCUCCCUCGGCGAAGAUUCCCGGACCCAAGGCAACCAGCAAAGGAAAGAUCACAUUUGUGUCGACGGUUUGUGAUACUAAUGGCAACUGCUUCGACUUUGUCAACGCAGAUGUAGUGGUCAAUCCCAUAAAACAAGAUCAAAGCACCCUUGACGGUUUGGUGGUGAAGAUGAUGGCCAAAUACUUGCGGCUUCAACUGAUUGGUGCAUAUUUGGACGCUCUCGUCAUGAACAGCAACUUCAACAAGUUCAUCAUAAGAAUCCGAAUCACAAUCAGUGCCGGAAAGCGCCGAAAGAGGGCGAUAUCUGUAACCGCAGAUGGCGAGAAAAACGCGAUUGGAGCAAUUGAAUCUGUUUUGAAAGGUGUUUUGAGUAAAAGUACAAUAGACACGGCCUGCCAGCAACUGAGUGGCGUUGAUAUCAGCCAGAUGGUUCCUGCCGAUCAGAAGAAGUUUGCUGGGCAGAUUGCGAAACUGUUAGAAGAAGGUGCGAAAGAAGGUAUCAGCAAUACCAGCAUCAAAGCGGCUUUGAACGCGGCGGAAGAUCUGUUAGACGCAAAAGCUCUCACUGAAAACGAAUAUUCAGCAAUCCAGGCUAAUGCAUUCAAGGGAUUAUUCAAGGGUGGAGCUGUGAGCCAAAAGUUAGAGGUGAAGACGAAGAAUUCCGUUUGUACAACGGCAAGACAUGACUUCAGCGCUGAGCUAACUGGUGGUGAUCCUGCUCGACCAGUGAAGGUGAAGUUCCCCAAGGAGAUGUCACAGACAUACUCUGAUUGGACUUGUGAUGGUGUCAAGAAGUGCUACGAUCUCGGCGUUGUUCUAACUCAUUUCAACGCCGCUGGCUACACGAGGGGUACCAUCUCUGCCGCUGACUUGAAGGAGAAGUCUACAGAUAUUGUGGAUGUGACGUGUAAUAACCCUGCAACAGGCGAGAAAGUUGGUGUGAAAGGCCUCACGGAGCCGGUCGAGGUCAAGAUACCAGUGACGAGUGGGAAGACCUGCAAAAACCACAUAUGUAAAUACGAGGACCAGGCGACCGGAACCUGGAAGACAGACGGCGUGACCUUCGGCGGAUGUGACGGGGAGAAGGUAAUUUGCAAGUCGUCUCACUUAUCUGUCUUCAUGGCUGUGAACAACCCGACGCCAAUAACACCAGAUGGCAACGGUACAAAGACAACUGAUGAUGGUGCCGGAGGUGCUGAUAACACUGGUGCAAUAAUAGGUGGCGUUGUGGGAGGAGUCCUGGCAGCCCUUCUCGUCGGGAUGUUCAUCUUCUUCAUCUGCCGCAUCCAGCAGCGUGACGUCAUCAAAGUGGACCACAUUGAGAUGGGCAAGCCGACCAUGUACGCAUACGAUAACACCACGUACACCUAUCAUGGUGAUCCGGAUUCCAAAGUAAAAUCAACUGGUAAAAAUGGUGAGCCAGAAUCGAAGGUAGUUCACAUGUAA